GUGUAUUAUUAUAUGGUGUAUGGUGCCAGGAAACGACGUGAUGUGGUUUGAGGCCACAGAUUAAUGACGUCACGGCGUCACUAUGACGCGGCGCCUCAAAUUCGGCGCUGUUCCAGAAAGCUGCGAUUUAAAAGACGCUUCUGUACAAACUCGCUAUCAGCGCUCUUAUCACUCCCUGUAACACGGAAAAGUAGGAAUUAGACGACUUGUUUACGAGUAUGGAGAGAGAGAUGAGUGAAGACAGGAAGCUGUGCGGUUUACUGAACGAGAUGCGAUUGGACGGGUCGCUGUGUGACGCGGUGCUCAGAGUGGACGAGGUGGACUUCAAGGUCCACAAGAACAUCCUCUCGGCGUACAGCCCGUAUUUCAGAGAUCUAUUCAGAAGAUGUAGCAAUCUGGAUCAGAGAGUGUACAACAUCACUGGUGUAUCUCCAAAAAUAAUGGAUCUUAUGAUCCACUACAUGUACACGCAGGACAUUCAAGUCACCACCGAUAAAGUGGAGACUCUCUUGGAUGCAGCCAAUCACCUGCUCAUCCAUGACCUUGUAAUGAGCUGCUGUGAAUUCCUAAAGGAUAACCUAAAACCGGAUAACUGCGUAAGGAUUUGGCAGUAUGCUGACGCUAAUGCGUACUACGAGCUGCGGGAUCGGGCCUACAUGUACACGUUGCAUCACUUCGAGGACGUCGUUUUUUCACAAUCUGGAAAAUUCCUAGAGCUGACCGUGGAGCAGCUCAGUGACAUCCUGGAGAAUGAUGAGCUGAACAUCAAGGAGGAGAAAACAGCCUUCCAAGCUGUAUUCCUGUGGAUCAGGCAUGAACCCAGCGUCCGAACGCAGCACAUAGUCAACCUGCUGCCAAAGGUGCGGCUGGCUCUGGUGACUCGGGAAUACUUCCUGGAAAAUAUAAAGAAAAACCCGGUGGUCAGCAGUGUGUGUGAGUGUCAACCCAUCAUCGCCCAUGCCAUGAAGGCCAUGAAAGACUCCAAAAUGGCUGAACCAAACACCAGACUCUUGGAUCCUUUUACCCGUCCACGUCUCCCGUAUUCCAUCUUGUUUGCCAUCGGCGGCUUCAGUGGCACAUCUCCUACGAACAUCGUGGAAACGUACGACUCGAAACUGGACAGCUGGAUGUGCAUCUCCAGCAGAGCAGAGCGUGCUCGAGCAUAUCAUGGCACAGUGUUCCUGGACGGUUUGGUGUACGUUAUUGGUGGAUAUGACAUCAUUGAGUACUUUAACUCCACGUGCACAUUCAAUCCUCUGGAUGGAACGUGGAAAGAUGUGGCGCCCAUGCACUCGCCCCGUGGCUAUGUUAGCGUUACCGUGCUUGACGGAUACAUCUAUGCCAUGGGAGGCUUCGACGGCACCGUGAGUCUUAACUCAGCUGAGUGUUAUCAACCAAGCACCAACCAAUGGAGCCUCAUCCCAUCCAUGCACGAGCGGCGAAGUGAUGCCAGCGCUGCCACUUUAAAUGGCAAGAUCUACAUCUGUGGAGGUUGCAAUGAAAAUGAGUGUCAUUUCACAGCUGAGUGUUUUGACCCGUAUUCUAAUCAGUGGACUCUGAUUGAGCCGAUGCACAUGUCCAGGAGUGGCCUAGGUGUCGUUGCGCUGAACAACCAAUUGUUUGCUAUCGGAGGUUUUGAUGGAGUCACUCCGAUGCAGAGCAUCGAGGCCUUUAACCCUCGUACCAACUCCUGGAGGUUUCUUUCACCCAUGUUUAACCCACGCAGCAACUUUGGCAUCGAGGUGAUGGACGGUCACUUGUAUGUGAUUGGUGGCUGCAAUGAUGAAGGCACAACCUCCAGAUGCGAGUACUACGAUGUGUAUAAAGAUGAGUGGUUCAAGAUCCAGAACAUGAAUAUUUGCCACAGUGCGGUCAGCUGCUGUGUGGUUUCUGGGCUUCCCAACGUCACAGACUACACCACAAAACGUGAUCUUUUUCGCUAGAUGCACAGCUUUUAUUAUCAACUAUUUAAGCACAAGUCAUUGGCAGAACCUCUGCUCUCUAGCUCUUUCUUCAUCUGUCUUCAUAUUUGCUUCUCAUAUAGAAUCAUUUGUAUUAUUUAAUUGCCAGGUAUUAUGAAUGGAUUUAUUAAAUAAUUGCCUGUUUAUUGACCUAUUAUAGAUUACAGAUUAGGAUUCAAACUCUGUCAUUUUAAACAUUUAUUUUUAUUCUUAAUCAUCUGCCUAAUUCACCUAUGUUUAUGACACAAUAGUGUUUUUAUUUUUUUAUUGCAUCUUUGGGAGCUCAGAGUUUAUAUUUUUAUACAGAACCAAUCAGAUUAUGUAUGAAGUAUUUCAUGUAAGAGUGAUGAGUGAAAGGUACAAAAAGUAAAAAAAUCUAUACCUAUACCUUUAAACCUAUCUAUGAAUAUUAAAUGUUUUAAAAUUAAUAUACAUUAAUAUAAUGUAUUACUUAUGUAUUAAUGUAUAUAUUAUAAUGUAGUGCAUUGAUAGAAGCAGGAUCUGUUCUAAUUGUAAUUCUUUUCUUUUUUUUGGUUCUUUUGCAUUUCCA